AUGACUGCAAGUGACUUUAAUAUUCCAACUUUCAAAUUGCCAAAUGGCCAAAUCCCAGCUAGUAGAUCUGAAGAUAUCAGACAUACUUUAGAUGAGAAUUUAUCUUCUGCAAUUUCUCAAGCUUUAAAAGUUGGUGUUAAUCAUAUUGAUACAGCAGAAAUUUAUACCACUCAUAUUGAAGUUGCACAUGGUAUUAAACAAUCAGGUAUUGAUAGAUCAAAUAUUUGGAUUACUGAUAAAUAUUCACCAGGUUUUGGUAAAUUCAAAGCACCAAGUAAAACACCAUAUGAAGCCAUUCAAACUGCUGUCAAGGAAUUAGAAGUUGAUUAUAUUGAUUUAUAUUUAAUUCAUGCUCAAUUCUUUGACUUAGAAAAUACUCAUGGUGUUACAAUCGAACAAGCUUGGAAAGAUCUUGAAAAAGCCUAUGAAGAAGGUUUAGUUAAAAACAUUGGACUUUCAAAUUUUGAUGUUGAAAAUACUGAAAGAAUCUUGAAAAUUGCUAAACAUAAACCAUCAGUUUUACAAAUUGAAUUCCAUCCAUAUCUUUUCAAUCAAUCACCUGGUAUUGUGGAGUUUGCACAAAAAAAUGAUAUAUUAAUUGAAGCUUAUGGUCCUUUAACUCCAUUAUUCAGAGCCACAGAUGGUCCAUUAGCUCCAGUAACUAAAGAAUUAGCUACAAAAUAUGGUAAAACUGAGGCUCAAAUCUUAUUAAGAUGGGUAUAUCAACAAGGUGUCUUACCAAUAACUACAAGUUCUAAUGAAGAAAGAAUUAGAGACGCCUUAAAUAUUUUCAGUUUUGAUUUGUCAAAAGAGGAUGAAGAAUUGAUCAAAGAAACUGGUUCUAAAUAUUUCUUUAGAGGAUUUUUUACUGGUGAUCAAUUCUUUGAUAAAUCAUAA